CCCAAAGGCACCCUCUUCUUCGUUCUUCAAGCUCUGCCCCAUUCUGCAAUCUUUGCUCAGGUAUUUGGGUAGAUUUGUGUGAAGGAUACGAAAGACCUGAAAAUGAGUCAAAGAAUUGGGAAUUCUGAACCCAAUUUCUUGUCUUUAGCGCCCAGUUUUCGUGGUGGAGAUAUGAACACCAGGUGGGUUGAGAAGUUGUCUCCAAACAGUGUUAGACUAGGCUCUCCAUCUGCAUCAGAUGGGUUUUGGGAUUCUGAACCCAAGCCUUUAGCUUUAAGCACCGGAAUUUGUGAUGGAAGUUUUGAUGAGAAAGGCAAGAAGUGGGUGGGGAAGUCAUUUAAGAACAGACCUAGUGUGGCUUCUCUAUCUGCAUUACAUGAGAAUCGGAAUGAACCUGAUCCUCUGCCUUUGAGGACCGAGUCUCCUGAUGGAAGUAUUACUGAGAAAAAGAAGUGGAAGAAUGUGAAGAAGUGGGCAGGGAAGUCGCCACAGAGCAGUGGUAGUGUGGCCUCUCUGUCUGUGUUAAAUGGGAACAAGGUUUCCAAAGAUUCAGCAGUCCAAAUUUCUGAUACAAAGAACAGCUUAUCAGUUGGAAUGCAGAGUUCUGAUGACUGUUCAAUGAUAAGCAAGCAAGGGUCUGCUGAAUUAAGCAGUACUACUGUUGUUGAGGAUAUUGUAGUUCAAUGUAGCAAACAGGUUGAACAUGAAACUUCCAAGAAUCGAAGCUACACAGGUAGCACUCACAAUGGAAAAGAAAAUAGGAAUUUUGGUUGGAACAGGAGGCAGUACAAUGCUAGAGAAGCACAUGCGAACUGGGGUAACAAACCAAGUUACCGAAAUGGUGUGAAAGAUAUUAACUCGGAAGAGGAUCGUUUUGGGGUUGUUCAUUGUUCAUUAGCCAAUGAUGCUAUCUUACGUUCUCCAAUGAUCUCCUCUGGAUACAACAAUGGAAAAGAAAAUAGGAAUUUUGGUUGGAACAGGAGGCAGUACAAUGCUAGAGAAGGACAUGUAAAUUGGGGGAAAAAAUCAAGUUAUAGAAAUGGUGUGAAAGAUGUUAACCCAGCAGAUAAUCGUUUUUGGACAGAGCAGAAUUCUUCAGCCAAUAAUGCUGUCUCGCCUAAUUGGUCGUAUUCCUCUGGACACAAUAAUACUGCUUAUGCAUAUAGGAAAAGGUUUGUUCCUCCAAGACAAUUGGACACAUCAUCACAGGGGGUUGCUCCUCCAAAGAGAUUGAAUGUGACACUCUUUGUUUCAGUAAAAGGUCAAACAGAAGGCUUGGAAAAUGACUCUGGAAACUUAGUGGAAAGAUCAACUGAUUCACUUAAGCCUGUGAAUUGCAAUGUGAAAAAAUCACCCUGCAGUUAUGAAGCAAACUUCUCCGAGUGGCAUGCUAAGUGUGUUUCAUGCCAUAUAGAAUUGUCACAGGGUUGUUCUCAUGUGCGCGAUUGCAAGAAGGAUGCUGCAGGAACAAAUGGCAAGCAGACGGCAGGCCAUGGUGUUCGACACUAUUCAAACCCAACUUCUCUGUAUACUAAAUUGUCUACUCAGGGGUUGAUGAAUGAUAUUCAGAAACACGAAUUCAGGAAGAUACCAAGCAUGGAAUAUGAGUUUGGUAAGUCAGAGCAUGCAUCUGUGGAUGGUAUACCAUUCUGUCAUACUGAUCAUAAACUUGAGAAAGACACUUCUGGAACAAACCUUAUGCAGCGUACAGCUAUUGGUACAAAAGAGUUGAGGCCAGUGGACAAAAUUUCAUCUGCUAGUAUCUCCAAUGAGUUAAAUCUCUUACUAGAUUCAAGCAGGCAGUUAAAUAAUAGCCAUCUGGGAGGAACCAGAAUAUCCUGCCAUCGACCAAAUUCUUAUGAUGAUCCAAAGAUUUAUCCGUCUGCUGCCAAACAACUUAGUAAUGAUGCAGAGUUUAGAGGACCAAAAGACACUGAAAAGUUCCUGAUUGGUUCACAUAUGGGGAUGAAAAAUUUAUCUGAUGCUUACCAAAUACAAUUAGCAUCUGAAACUGUUCAGCUUGCAAUGGGUUGUCCACUUGCAGAGUUUGAAACGUUCAUCCACAGCGCUGCUCCUGUUAUUUGUUCUUCGUGUGUACAUGAUCAAUAUUCUGGUUUGUUGGGUACUCACCCAUCUCAAAGUUUACUAGGCAAGCCCCAGAUACCAAAUGUAUCACUUCACAGUGUUUGGAACUGGUAUGAGAUACCAGGGAACUAUGGGUUGGAUGUCAAGGCAAUUUGUCCGAAAACCCUCACUGGGCUUCCACGUGAUUCAAUGUUAUCCCGAUCUUAUUUUGCUCCUUCCCUUUCUGCUAUUCAGCUGUUUAGACCACACAUCCCUGGUUGCAAAAGAUUAUUUUCCAAUUCAUUGGAAGCAGUACAGCUGAAUCAUAUAUGUGUCGGUUCAGUUGAUGUUGCACUACAUGAUAGAAGUUGCGUUCAAAGUCUAGAUUGGUCACCUGUCCUCUCCUCUGAUCCUGAGCUCAUAUUUGAGUUUUUUGAGGUUGAGCUGCCACAUCACAGGAGGCCUUUCUAUAACAAAAUUCUGGAGUUGAUUGGGGCUGGAACUUCUAAUCCUCUCGUAUUUGGUGACCCAUCAAAGCUUGGUACUCUGAAUUUGCGUGAUUUACACCCUGCAUCUUGGUUCUCGGUGGCCUGGUAUCCAAUAUAUCAAAUUCCAGAAGGGCAUCUCCAUGCUUCAUUCUUGACUUACCAUUCACUUGGACAUUUUGUGCAGGGACCUGGUUCCACUGUUGCUCAAGGUUGCAUUACCUUCCCUGUGUUAGGCUUGCAAAGCUACAAUUCACGGGAUGAAUGCUGGUUUGAACCCAAAGUACCUUCUUCAGAAGAAUCAACAUCUUUUGACACCACAGGAAUUCUCAUAAAAAGGCUCAGGACGUUGGAUGAAAAUGCCAUGCAUUUUGCUAGAGGCUGGGUUUACAAGGAUAAGGUCAUGGUGCAGAACAGACAUCCAGAUUACGAGUUCUUCACUUCUCGAAAAGCACGUUACAAAUAGUUCUGGAUGAUGAAUCGUGAAGAUCUGUAAAGGGUGAAAUAGAAGAUGAGGUAUACUGUAGUGUCUGUGCUUGUCUUGGUGUUGUUGUUCCAUGUAAACUUGUGUAAUUGAUGAAAUUGAUUCGAGUCAUGUUACUCGUAAAGAAAUACUUUGUUUCAAAAAGAAAAGGUCAAGUGACUAAGUGCCACGGGAGGAGAGUUAUCUCCACAGCCUUC